UAUUUUAAAGUAUCAAUAUAUGUACCAUGUACAUUGCACAGGAUUGAACACUAAUUCAUCUUUCAAUAUUACCCAUAAAUAAAAAUAAAAAUACAAAAAAAUCUUAAAACAACGGAAAACAAUUUGGGCCCUAUUGGAGUAUAUUAAGGCUUAAACUUGCUCUCUCACUCCACCAGAAUUUGUCAGUUGACAACAUCCUUUCUUUGAGGAAGAGAGUUUGAGAGAGGGUUAAUUAUGGUAGGGUUGGAAUUUUCCAGAAAUUUGGUUCUCGAAAUUUGAACUCAGUUUAGGAUUACUACUCUUCUUUCUGACUCAAUUUCUUCUUCAAAAUUCUGGGGUUUUGUUUUUCAGUGUUUUUCAUCAUUUGAUGUUGCUCAGAUUUCUGGGUUUCUCCGAUUUUUAUCCAAACCCCUUGUUAAUCUCUCCAAUUUAUCAUUCUUUGAUUGAAUAAACAAUUCUUGUUUCUGGGGAUUUUUCCUUUUGAUUUAAUUUUGUACGAUUAUUUUAAUGUAAUUUUUUGUUUUUGUUUUUUCUUCUGCAGUUAUAUUUGUCUCUCUUUAUUUUCUAAAUUUGAUAACUUAUGCUUGCUGGGUACACUCAUGUGUUGUAAAUUAUUGCCAUGGUGUUGCCAUAAUUAGAAAUUUUUGUCAGUUAAAAAACCAAAAAAAAAAAAGAGGGUCAGUAAUUGAUGAAUUAUUUGCAACUAGUUUCAUCAUGACUUGGAUGUAACGGGGUUUUCGCUUUUUUCUGGUAAAAAAAAUUCAUAUAUGUUUGGAGUUUGAAGUGAUUGGUUUCCAAUUUGUGAGAAAUCUAUAUGAAAUUUCAGGUGAAAGCUUUAAGCUUUGAGAGGUUGAAGGAGAUAUUCCUCACCAUAUUCUUUGAAAGUGUUAUUUUUAGGGUUUGAAUUGAAAGAAAUACUUCAACUUUGAUAUAAAGUCUUCAACUUUGAUAUAAAUUCUUCAAUUUAUACUUAUACCCAUCUCACAAAUUCAACCAAAUUGUGUUUGGGAGUGUGAAUUUUGCUCAAAAUGGCAUUUUCUAGGUUUCAAUUGUGGGGAAUGCCCUUGUGGGGUGGCAAGGAGGAGACAGAAAACGUCUCGAGUGUUCGUGCUUCGAAUUCGAUGCCUGAUUAUGGUUUUGGUGUUAGGGAGAUUGAUAGUGUGAAGUUCCCAUUAAAGGGGACUAGGAUUGCUUCAUCUUCUUCUUCAUCUACUCCUAGGAAGAUUAAGAAGAAGUGGCAUAGUAGAGAAGAGAGGAAGAUUGAGAGAGAGCAUGAUGUUGUUAUGGUUCCAAAUGAUGGGGUUUGCUUGUCAGGGUCCGAGUCUGAUGAUUCUGAUUGGUCAAUUGGGUGGUUGGAGCCACAUGGACCUGAUUUCUUGAGUGAUGAUGAAACUGAUGAUAGCUUUGCUGUUCUUGUUCCUUGCUAUAGAAGGGGCCCAGUUGAAGGUCCUAAUACUCAAUUUCUGAAUACUAUCAAGAAUCUUACUAGCGAGCCAUUCACUGAAGGGAAAAACCUGAUGGACCAGUGGCUCUCCUCACUGCAAAACUUCUGAAGGCUCACCAUCAUAGUUUGUUAAUAAAUAAGGUGGUGGUUCUUGUCAUGUGUUUAGAGUUUGAAGCAAUUGGCCAUUAUAUCUAUGUUAAAUAUGAAGGUUUGUGGACACAAUAAAGAUGCUGCUACAGAAGAAUCUUAAGUGUCCACAAGACCAGAAGCAGAGAUGAUCUAAGAUGAUAAUCUGGACACAAUAAAGAUGCUGCUGCAGUGCUGCUAUAAGGUUGUUCUUAACCGCGAUUAAUUCAAACCAAAAUGGGUUGCUUGAUCUUUUCCUUAAUAUUCUGAGCCAUUGUAUAUACCAUUAGAAUGUAAAUAAUCUUGUAAUAUGAUUAUGCUUGAUUUCCAGCUUCCAUUCUGAAGUAGUCUGUAAAUAUUCAGCUCUUCUGUAGAACAUUGCUCUUCCUACUAACAAGAGAAGCUUUUCUACUAUUCGUUUGCAGAACCGACAGUUUGCAUUCGAUUGUAAACAUAUUGUUAAUUACGGCGUAUCUUCCUGUUAUAUGAUGUAUAUAAUCAACAGUUCCAUAA